AUGUCUUUUCAGGACGUCUUCUGGGCGGCGCCGCCGGUCUCAAGGUACGCACCAAAAGCACACGUGCCGAAAUAUGCAGAUUCUGAUGCUGAAUAGAACCAUCACAGCCGCGACCGUACUCCUUUCAGUACCAGGACAUCUAGGAUUCUAUAGCCUUGCAUGGGUCGUCUUCCUCAAGGACUACGUCUUCACCAUCCGCCAGUUACCACAGAUAUGGCGUCUUGUAACCUGCUUUUUCCUCACCGGACCUCAGUUGGGCCUGAUCAUGGAUCCCUUCUUCCUCUACCACUACAGCAGCCAGCUUGAGACUGGAUCACCUCGCUUCAGCGCGCCGGGCGCGUACGCUUUCUACCUCUUCUUCGUCGCCAGCGUCAUCAUGGUAAGUCCAUGCUGUGGCGCAAUUCAUGAAUCACGACAUCUUCUUCCACUGUAUUCCAAUUUUGCACAUUGCAACCUCGUAUAUCUGCCCGUACAGCCUUUUCUAGCUGUCACGGUUCCUGGAAACGAGGAAGAUUACCCCUGCAUUGCGCAGCGUUCGUCAUUCGCAAAUUUUAAAAGAGCGUUUGUGGAGUGUGGGCAUGGUGGGAUUCCGUAUUGAGAGAGCUGUCAACCUUGAUGUUUGUGGUUGACGGUGGUUAUUGGACCCUACAUAUCUUCUUUGAGAUCUGUUGGCUUGUGAUGAUGUUAUGAGCGUUCUGCUAACGCUAUUUCAGCUUACUGGAGGUAUCUACCUCGGCGGCGUGACCCUACUGAAUCCACUCAGUAUGGCACUGAUCUACACAUUCGCUCAAGAAGAUCCCAACCGAGUCGUUUCGUUCUUCAUCGUUCAGAUGCCAGCGAAGUACUUGCCAUACGCCUCUCUCGCCAUCACCUACCUCUUGGCAGGUCCCUUUGCGACUAUGGUUCAGGCUACUGGUAUCCUUGCAGCUCAUCUGUACGACUUUCUGGACAGAAUCUGGCCACAGUUUGGUGGAGGCCAGCAAUGGAUCCGAGUGCCCCAGUUCGUUCAAAAGACAUUCGCGACGCCUGGUGGCACCGGCCAAGCGCGCACGUAUGGAACUGCAUUUGGCGCGAGAGCGGGCGGCCAGCGCCAGACAGUACAGCAGAACCAAACAGGCAGCGGUGGUGGCUGGACAUCUGGUUCAGCCUGGGGCAGUCGAGGCUCGGGCAGAAGGCUCGGCGGAGAGUGA